CACCAUAAAGCAGCCAGGCCGUGAGUGUGCGCCAGUUGAACUCCAGUCAGUGCGGACAACAGGUGCACGACAACAGCCCCUCUUCACCUCGCUGUUGGAUAAUGCCCGCAGAGCGCCGCUGGUCGCUUUGCGCAGGACUUCCUCGCCAUCUGCACUUUGAACAUUUGCACGUUUUUCUAUCCUGAUCACUUCCAACCACAAAGAUGCCUUUUCCGCCCAUCAGCCUCCAACAGCGGAUCUCCUCUCCGGGCAGGGAACUAUUCGGGAAAAAGAAAGCCAUCGGACUGCCUCCUCACACCGAGCACACCAGCAAAUCUGGCGGAGAGAAAGGGGGGUCCGAUAAAGAGAAGCAGUCCACUUCUUGGACGUCGGCGAAUUUAAGGAAUUUGGGGCGAAAAGCCCAGCAAGAUAAGCGUAAAAGCUCCGCUCAGAAGGCAGGUGACGGUCAGGAGACCCAGGAAAAGAGCUCCUGGCUGACCAUACCAAAACCUCAGGACUCAUCCGAGAGAGUCAGGCGCUCCAGCUCCAUGGACUCCGCCAGACACCUCAACGGCAAAGAGGAAGGGAAGAAGGAGAUUCAGUUUACCCUCAGUCUCACACCUGAAGCCAUUCUUGUCAUCCAGAAGCGAAAUCUAGAAAAGCAGAUGAUGGCAAAGCAACAGAAGUGUUGCGCCUCGGCAGACUUCCGCCACAAGCGAGUUUUUCCAUCCAAAAAGACGCACGGGUCGACCAAGGGCUGCGCUCCUGUCGCCAAAGUGGAGUGCGCCGAGCAGGACAUCACCGCCAUCGUUAAGAUAUCUCUGUUGAACGAUCAAUACAAGUACGACGAUGUGGAGUAUGAGGAAGAGGAUGGAGACGUGGACGAGACUGUCGUGAGGAAAUGUAAAGAGUGGCUCAGAGGGGUCGAAAAUGCCGCUGCUUUAGGAAAAGUCGACAAACUUUCUGCGCUCCCGCAACUUAAAGGCUGCUGACACCUGACAUCUGAGCUUUCUCCCUUUUCUUUUUUUACACUGCAGACUGAAGGAAUGAUCAACUCGUGAAAAGGGUGCACCGAUGCAGAAGGCCCGCUGCGAUGGCGUCUUACAUUUGAAUGUUAGAAAUGAAACGUUCACAAAGGAGGAACAAAACAACAAAAAACAGUCCAGAGGAAUGUCAAUUUGUUUCGGAAUUAUUUGCUAAGUUAUGUCUCAAAUAAAUACACGCAUUGAGGAAAAUGAAAAUAAGUCAUCUGCAUUGGACAUGUGGCAUUCAACAGAAAUAAGAUAUUAAAGCUGAAUUGCAACCAACAGUGCUUCUUAUAUGGUCACAGGAAUGCAGCUUUGCGAGUUUAAUGCCAGCGCAAUGUGUUGUUACAGUUUGAACUGAAUACCUUAAUAUUGUCGUCCUUUGCACAUGGUUUUUGUUUCCAGUGGGAUGCCUGUGGAUUGGCAGGGGGUUUGCGUAAAGGGACGUGAACCCGUUCCUUUGUGCCGGAGAACAAUACGCUGUCAACAGGCUUGAUAGCGCCUGCUGCUGAAACCAAACUGGACUGUUUGUUUGUUCCUCUAAUAAGAGGGUAAUAUCCUUUGUAGGGAUUUAUCAGCGAUGUACAGUAUUUAAUAUUUACAAAAUAUUUGUAUGCCGACUGACGUUUUCUCAGCUGAUGACUUUAUGCCAUUUGAAGUAAAAUUGUUUGUUUUUUAAAUUUU